AUGACAAUGGGGGAUGAACUACCAGUCACUUCAUUGGUUUUGCCAGUUCUCAUACGUCCUGUUCUCACGCAGUUGGAAAAGUACGAUUUGGGGGCAUCCCAAACAUUACGUGCUGCAUUAACAAAAGCAGAAGCAGCUGUUCCUGGGUUAAACUAUGAUCUCGUGGCAGGUAUCAUGCGAAGGGCUGAUAUACCUGUCAACAUGAACGAAAGCCUGCUUCGUCUUCAAGGAACUCUCACUGAAGCUGAAUGUGCAGAUCUCAGGCUAAAUAGAACUGAAGAGGCAUUCCAAGAACUGAACAAGAAAUCCACAGCUUUAAAAAAAAUAUUGAGCCGCAUUCCCGAUGAAAUAACUGAUAGAAAGACAUUCCUUGAAACAAUUAAAGAGAUUGCUUCUGCAAUCAAAAAGCUGUUGGAUGCAGUAAAUGAAGUCUCAACUUACACACCAGGCCCUGGCAAGCAAGUCUUGGAACAGAGAAAACGGGAGUUUGUUAAAUAUUCUAAGAGAUUCUCCAAUACCCUGAAAGAAUACUUCAAGGAAGGACAGGCCAAUGCAGUGUUUGUAAGUGCUCUUUAUUUGAUUCACCAAACGAACCAAAUUUUAUACACAGUUAAAAGCAAAUCUGAAUAAGAUUAUUUGAAUGUUUUAGGAAUAAUAUUUCCUUUGUUAAAUCAUAUUAUGUUAUCCAUGUAAUUUAGGAAGGUCCAUUGUUUAGGAAGAGUAUUUAAAGAGGGUAUAUUUUACUAUAAAUGUUAGAUACAUUGUUAGAGCAAUAUAAAAAUAUUAUUCAGAUUAAUUAUUAAAGAUUUAGAUCUUAAAACAUAGUGUACUAUAUGAUUAUAAUAAUAAUAAAAUCUAAACAUAUUUUAGUGUUUCUCCCUUAUUUUAUCAUAGUAUUUUCUCUAUAUUGAAUAGAUUCAGAAGUAUUUCUUUUUAUUAUAACAUGUAUCAUUCCAUAUUGAAUCAUGGUUAAUUUGUAAUUCUACUACAAUUUAAUUCACCCAUUCUUAAGUUAAACAAAGUUCCAUUUAUUAAAAAGGUUUUAUCCAUAUUUUUAUACUUAUUAUUUAAUGUAGAGGUCAUAGUCUUCAUCCUUCAUAAGGAAUUUUAUUUGGGGUAUAUUGAAAAUUAUUUUGUAUAGCCAUUGAAAUUUUAAAACAUUCGUUAGCAUUUGUUGAAUGUCUUCCUGCUGUAAUUUAAUAUUAAAUCAAUCACUAAUAAUGACAUACACUUUAUGAAAUUCAUACAUGUUUCAAAUUCAGGAUAGUUUGUUUAGAUUUUUUUUUCUCAGCAAUAUUCCAUUCUAUGUAUAUGCAUCUACCAUUUAAACUAUAGUGAUUUUCAUUAUCAUAUUAACCAUUAUUACGAAAAUUACGUUGUAGCUAGCGUAAUUUGUUUUCUUGAAAAGGCUAUUAAAAAAAAAAUUAAAAUUGCUAAUAUUGUCUGUUGUAAUUAAUUCUAUUUAGGAUAAUAAAAGAUACCUAGUGUGCAUAGGUUGUAUGUAGAUGCAGCGCUUUAAUUUUAAUAAAUCUAUUUUACAGUCA